ACCGGCGUGCCGAGUGUUUCGUCGUUCAUAAUAUCCCGCUUAUUAUGACAAACGCUCCUAUCUGUGUUUAUAUUUUAUCACUUACAACCAACGUACUGAUAAAAAAUAAAUAAUAUCUUAACUUUAAUAAAACGUAACUAGUCGGAAAAUUGAAUUCUCAUUCUUUUUUUUUUUAAUUUGUUCAAAAGUGGAGAACUAGAGAAUAAGACGAAAGACUGCGUGUGGCCGCUCGAUCUUGACUCUCAAGUGUUUUUGAAUUUAUAUAUUAGUUUUUUGUAAUUUUAAAAAUUUUUUAAAGUGAGUUACAAUGCCCGCCAUUUUAUUUUGGCAAUUUUUAAGAAAAAACGCAAUUUAAAUAAGUUUUUUGUUCUAAUCCGGUGGUUCAUUCGGAGAAUUGGAUGUAUUAAGUGAGUUUGUGUUUUUUUGGAGUAAAAUAUUAAAUUAUUAAAUAUUUUUACUCUCUUUCAAAAAAAAAAAUUAAAAUAAAAAAAGGAUACCAACGUUUUUUACUCAGUGUGUUUUAUUAAUAAUUCCGGUUCGCUGAAAUGAUUUAAAAGCCGGGUGGCAAUAAAAUUAAAAGUUUUUUUGCAUCUAUGUGUUUUGUGCGUGUGAUUUUCACACAAUGAAAAUCAAGAUAAUAAAAGCGACAAUUGAAAAAAAUUAUCAAUUGUUAUCGUUACCGUCAACCCGGGAGUUGGUUACUGUUAAAAAAUAAAAGUGCGCAGUCGCAAUGACAAGUGUUAUUGUUGUUGUUAAAAUUUCAAAAUUCUUCAAAUGGUUUUAAUGUUGUAAUUUAUUGUUUAUGAUAUUAAUCAAGUAAUAAAAAUUUUCAGAGGAAAGGAAUAAGUGAGUUACGCGUUACACAUUACACAUAUGAGAUCGCGUGUGUCCUGGUCGUUUUCGCACGGGAACUCGUACCAAGAAAGCCGUCGGAGCAUCCAUUGAAACCAGACGGAUUAAAACCUCCCCCAUCGAGGAAAGGGAAAACAGCAUGAACAUGAGUAUGACAGUGGCAAGCACGUCAACGCCAAGCCCACCAGUCAGUCCCAGCGCAAAUGACAUGGACUGGUUUGCCGGAGUUGCUGAGGAAGAGUUGCUCUAUUACACUAAUAAUGACGUCGAUUCACUCUGGGCUGUGAUAGGGAGUUUCGUUCCGCCGCCUCCUAGGCCGCCGUUUCUUCCCGAAGAAAGGAUUGCUACCGAUGGACUUACCACCUGCGAUUUGUGUACCUGGGCCCUCAGAAAUGACAGGCAUUCCUCUUUUUCUCUGGAUGGUACUCUCGAAGCCCCUGGAGAGUUUGGAUGGGUUCUUACGCUGAUAAUUGUGUCCCUCAUAUCCGCGGCGAUCGGAGCUGUCAUCAUGGUAACGCUUCUUCACUGUCGAAGGAUGAAGAGCGCCGGAGGCCGAGCGAGUUGUUGCGGAGUCGGGGUUGAAGACGCGAAUCCCCAGGAACCAGUUAGCCCUGGAGCGGUCGGAGUUGCUGGAGGUGUUUCCGUGAUUCCUGAACGGCCCCCGCUAGAGCUCGAUAAAUUACCGCCUUAUCACGACGUCACGCCAACUCCAGGUCACAAUGUCUGGUCUUGGUUGGGAUCUAGACGUGGAGGAGGCGCAGCAGGAGUAGUAGCAACCCCCCUGAGUUUACCACCGCAUCGGUGUGCGAUGAAUCUUCCUGUGGAGAAUCAUUACACUCACAUGCAAACCGACGAGGCUUUGUACGCGGAACUAGACUCGCAAACCGCGAGUUACGCCAGCGAUCUUCAGCUGCAGCUCAGAGGAAGUUCGACCUACGGCGGCCGAGCGACUACUCCUGGUGAUGAGGAAGAAGACGAGUACCAUGAACUUGAUGCUGCAAGGCUGCAUCGUAGGUACAGCGGUGACAGCCAAACUGGGACUCUUAAGGAAAGGCGACACAAUCAAAGGUUACAAGAACCAGACUACGAGAUGUACGAGAACGGACCAUCAACGCCGUUGUCUUUGAGCCGUCACCAGCACCCGAGUCACCAGCACCACCAUCACCACCAUCACCACCUGAGAACGGGAGCUGGAAGCGAGGUGAACCCGUCCUACCAGAACACGGCGUACACGGGAAGCGACGCGGACCUAGACGGGCCCUUUCUCUCGAGCGCGCCCAGCAGCGCGUACUACAGUGACCUGAGUUCAAACUCGGCAAACAACCACCAGCAGUCCUCAGGAGUGACGCUCCAUACAAACGCCUCGAGCAUGCAAACUCAAACGCAAACGGGAACGUGUCAUCAAGCAAACACGACGACGGAGUCUCCGUACCGGUUAGCUGCCAUUACCGAGACAACGACACCGUCCGACUACAUUUAAUUAUAUUCCCAGAGAAAUUGCAGGGCUAGUUAGAUUACGCUAAUUAAUUGCAUUUAAGUAGGGAGACAGCCAGCUCACCGACCAUUUAGAUCUAUGUGUUUUGUUAAGAAGAAGAAACAAGACUAACAUGUUAAGAAUAUAACCAACAAGGCUGUGGGAGACAACACUUGUUUGACAAGUCGUCUCGAAAAUUUUAACAUUUAUUAUUGCUGCUGCUUAUUGUUUUUAUAAUUAUUGUAAUUAUUCCGUAUUUAAUACCAAAAAAUCAUGCUAUUUUGUUAAUUGUCUAUUGCUUUAGAAAGAUUCAAGUAUUUUAUUA